AUGUCCACUCUUCCAGAAGGUACUCGGGACAACCCCGAUCGUCCUCCUCGCGACGUCAAGAACCACCUUCUCUUCGAAAUCGCAACUGAGGUUGCUCAUCGAGUUGGCGGUAUCUAUUCCGUCAUCAAGUCCAAAGCUCCUGUAACCACGGCGGAAUAUGGCGACCGCUACACCCUCAUCGGUCCCUUGAACCACCAUUCCGCUGCUGUUGAGGUUGAGGAGCUCGAACCGACCACUCCCGAACUUGCUGCCACGAUUCAGUCCAUGAGGGACCGUGGCAUUGGCAUCCUCUACGGUCGAUGGCUCAUUGAUGGCGCUCCUCGAGUUCUGCUCAUUGACACCAAGACUGCGUACCAUUUCUUGGACGAGUGGAAGACCGACUUGUGGAACGUCGCCAGCAUCCCCUCGCCACCCAAUGAUGAUGAAACGAACGAAGCUGUCGUUUUCGGAUACCUUGUCGCGUGGUUUUUGGGCGAGUUUGUCUGCCACGAGAAGAGCAAAGCCGUCAUUGCGCAUUUCCACGAAUGGCUUGCCGGCGUGGCUCUGCCCCUGACGAAGAAGCGCCGCAUCGACGUGACCACCAUCUUCACGACGCACGCAACGCUUUUGGGAAGAUACCUUUGCGCUGGUUCUGUAGACUUCUACAACAACCUGCAAUGGUUCGAUGUUGACGCUGAAGCCGGAAAGCGUGGCAUUUACCACCGCUACUGCAUCGAGCGCGCUGCCGCGCACGCCUGCGAUGUCUUCACUACCGUCUCUCAUAUCACCGCAUACGAAAGCGAGCACUUGCUCAAGCGGAAACCCGAUGGCGUGCUGCCCAAUGGACUGAACGUCACCAAGUUUUCCGCCAUGCACGAGUUUCAAAACCUGCACCAGCAAGCCAAGGAGAAGAUCCACGAUUUCGUGCGCGGACACUUUUACGGCCACUACGACUUCGACCCCGAGAACACCCUUUACUUCUUCACGGCCGGACGGUACGAGUUCAGAAAUAAGGGUGUUGAUAUGUUCAUCGAGUCAUUGGCUCGCUUGAACCACCGCCUCAAGGUUGCCGGCAGCAAGAUGACUGUUGUUGCCUUUGUUAUCAUGCCGGCCCAGACCACCUCGUUGACGGUCGAAGCGCUCAAGGGGCAGGCUGUUAUCAAGUCUCUGCGUGAUACCGUCGAUAUUAUCGAGAAAGGCAUUGGACGCCGUAUUUUCGAGCGCUCCCUCAAGUGGCACGACGGUGACCCGAUGCCUGAUGAGAAGGAGCUCAUCAGCAGCCAGGAUCGUGUCCUGAUCCGCAGGCGUCUGUUUGCAAUGAAGCGCCACGGCCUUCCCCCUAUCGUCACCCACAACAUGAUCAGCGACAGCGAAGAUCCCAUUCUGAACCAGAUCAGACGGGUACAGCUCUUCAACCACCCUACAGACCGUGUCAAGAUUGUGUUCCACCCUGAGUUCCUGAACUCAGCUAACCCGGUACUGCCCUUGGACUAUGACGAGUUCGUGCGCGGGACACACAUGGGCAUUUUCGCGUCCUACUACGAGCCGUGGGGUUACACUCCGGCCGAGUGCACCGUCAUGGGUGUUCCCAGUAUCACGACGAACUUGUCUGGCUUCGGGUGCUACAUGGAGGAGCUGAUUGAGAAUUCAAGCGACUAUGGUAUCUACAUUGUCGACCGCCGCACGAAGGGUGUUGAUGAUUCCGUAAACCAGCUUACCACUCACAUGUUUGACUUCUGUCAAAAGAGCCGUCGCCAACGUAUCAACCAGCGUAACCGCACGGAGCGUCUUAGCGACCUGCUAGACUGGAAGAGAAUGGGAAUGGAGUACGUGAAGGCCCGUCAAUUGGCGCUGCGCCGAGCCUACCCUGGCUCGUUCAGCGGCGAUGAGGAGGAGGACUUCAUCCCGGGUGUCGAGCAGAAGAUCUCACGGCCAUUCUCGGUGCCUGGCUCUCCUAGGGAUCGUACUGGCAUGAUGACUCCUGGUGAUUUUGCCAGCUUGCAGGAGGGCAGGGAGGGACUGAACACCGAGGACUAUGUCGCUUGGAAGUUGCCUGAGGAGGAAGACCCCGAUGAAUACCCGUUCCCGCUCACCCUCCGUGCCAAGCGUCCCUCGGGCCCUGCUAGCCCUCUCGACGGAGUGCAGCUCAACGGCAACUGA